UUCUCUUAUAUCUCGAUCUGUAUUUAGACAGUAGUACAUGAAAAGAGACUCACACGCUACCUUUUUCCCCAUUUUCAACCCUACCCCCAAUCGACCUAACAAAUAUUUCUCCGCUUUGAAUAAAAAUUAAACUCCUCCACAAUUUAAUCAAUCAAAGGAUAAACGCUCGGCGAUCUCUAUUACCUCGAAUUGUUGUGGGAAUCGAUUGGUGAUUGUGGCUCGAGAUAUAAAUCAAUAAUACUUUAUUUGAAGCCUAAUUACUCCGAGAAUUUUAGCUGUGCAAAAAUUGUAGUUAUGAAAUGCUCGUGAAGGCUUGCCAUUCUGAUAUUGCUAUAGAGUCAAAGUAAAGAUGUUAUGUUAUAUCAUUUGCUAAAUCAGAAAGUUAUAAGAUUCAGAUCCCGUGUUUUAAAGAUCUGAAGCUGCCAGUAAAAGAGAAAAUCACAAUACCUUUCCAGCGAUGGCUAGUAGGAAAAGAAGCCUAUCAAACGGUGCAGAUUUGUCUGCUCUGUACAAGGAAUGGGACGAAGCUUCGUGCCCCAUAUGUAUGGAUCACCCACACAAUGCUGUUCUUCUCAUUUGCACUUCCCACAACAAGGGCUGUCGCUCCUACAUAUGCAACACUAGCUACAGGCACUCAAAUUGCUUGGACAGACUUAGAAAGCUCAAAGAAGAGAAGCCCGUCAUCACUUCUUCGAGUGAUGAUGCGAGUCUUGAUCAUGGGGUAAUCGAUAUGGAGAAGCCAGACGACGUGUCGAAUCUGAGGUGUCCAUUAUGCCGUGGGGGUGUUCUGGGCUGGAAGGUUCUAGAAGAUUCUAGAAAGUACCUGAACCAGAAAUCAAGAAGCUGCUCACACGAAUCUUGCUCCUUCCUCGGUAACUACAAGGAGCUGCGAAGGCACGCAAGAAGAGUUCAUCCGACAGGCCCUUCGGAUAUCGACCCGUCGAGACAGAGGGCGUGGCACCGACUCGAAGACCGGAGCGAGUACAAUGAUGUCGUCAGUGCGAUUCACUCGGCGGUGCCUGGUGCGGUGGUCGUCGGAGACUAUAUGAUUGAAGGUGGUGGUGGUGGUGGUGGUGGUGGUGGCGGUGAAGGCGGCGGGCGGUGGCUGAGCACGUUGUUGUUGUUUCAGAUGAUGGGUUCGAUGGACCGUGGGACCGAGCUGAGGGGCGGGCGGUCAAGGGUGCUGUCGAGGCAUCGCCGUGCUUCCGGAAGCUUCUCGAGGCGGCGGUAUUUGUGGGGUGAGAAUCUAUUGGGCCUUCAAGAAAAUGGUGAUGAAGAUGAUGGGAGUGAAGAUGAAGAACAAUACGUGAAUAUAGAAAAUGGUAUUGGUGGUGAAAAUGACGAUGCUCCUCCUAAUCCGAGAAGGCGUCGGAGGCUAACACGUGCUAGGUCGGAUGAGAAUCGACAAUAGGAAGCUUCCGGAAGAAUCAGAUUCGUGAUGAAGGAAACUUUGGUAUUGGGCAGGAAGUUGAUUAAUGGGUAUAGUGACAAUCGUUUCGUGCAUGUAUUAUUCUAAAAUUCGUUGCAGGUGCGAUUUCCUUUUAUGGAAAGGGAAUAGAAUAAUUAAGGCCUGUUUAUGUUUCCCUGUUCUUAGCUCUUGAAAUUUGUUCAACUGUAAUCUUUUCUCUUAUUUGUAUAUAGUUUGACAUGGAUAUGUUAUCUCAUUUCAUCUUUGAAUUU